UGUAUUGCUAGAACACUCGAGAGACUGCCCAAACCAUCAAGGGCAUGCACAUCCGCAAAGCCACCAAGUACUUAAAGGACAUCACCUUGAAGAAGCAAUGUGUUCCCUUCCAGCGCUACAAUGGGGGAGUUGGUAGAUAUGCCCAGGCCAAGCAGUGGGGCUGGACGCAGGGACGCUGGCCCAAGAAGAGUGCAGAGUUUUUGCUGCACAUGCUCAAAAAUGCAGAGAGCAAUGCUGAGCUCAAGGGUCUUGAUGUGGAUUCUCUGGUCAUUGAGCACAUCCAGGUCAACAAGGCUCCCAAAAUGCGCCGACGCACCUACAGAGCACAUGGUAGGAUCAACCCCUACAUGAGCUCCCCCUGCCACAUCGAGAUGAUCCUCACUGAGAAGGAGCAGAUUGUUCCCAAGCCAGAGGAGGAAGUUGCUCAGAAGAAAAAGAUAUCCCAGAAGAAGCUGAAGAAGCAAAAGCUAAUGGCUCGGGAUUAAAUCUGCUCUGCCAGAUGUACAUAAAUAAA